GUUGACGCCCCUUAAUAGAAUAUAGGAUUAAAUUACUUUAUAAAGGUUAACAAUUUGAAUAUUUGAAUUAAUAUGUAAAUAGUACUAAAAUUGUGAAUUAAUUUGAAGUUGGCGCGUUACAUUAUGUACGUAUAAAGAAGCGCAAUCGAUAGUAUCAAUAGUAUCGAGCCAAAACGAACUGAAUUAUGAUCACUAGAUUUAAGAGACAUACGAAAUAAAACGAACGAGCAAGGAACUACAUCGAGCGGAUUAAGGAAGGUCUUAAUUGUGUAGACGGAUUCCACUGGAAAACUGUUGGAGGGACUUAGCUCGUACAUUUGGCGCCCGAGCAGGGACCUUUGGAGAAGGUUCAAUUACCGGAUGGAGUUCACGACUGGAACUCAAUAAAUAUUUCACCCUGAGUCUGGCUGACGGCGAGUGCGACAGCGGCUUCGGUAUCGAAUUGUGAGUGUGAACUGCUUUGAGCAUCUAAUAUUUCUUGCAGGCAUGUUUAGUUCCAAUUCGAUGUGUGUGAAAAAUCUUAAAACAAUACAAUUGUUUUAGUGUCAAGUGGUCGCGGCUUUGAGACUUCUGCGCUUUAAUUGUUCUGUAAGCGGGGUCUCGUGUAGAAAGCAGAUUACAAUUACAGUUAGCUUGAGCGCUUAGGUAUCUGCAUACACACAUACAGCCUAUUGCGUGCACUGCUAUACGUUGAAACAAGGCACAUACAUACUUGCAUAUAUGUAUAUGCAGUUACAAGCCGGCACCUAAAGAACAGUAAUUGCUAUUUGACAUUGAUUUAACUUUGUAGUCGUUUCUUCUUUGCCUGCCGGUUCGUUGGGGCGCAAGUACACAUUUUGGUACAGUGGCGCACAGUGGUCAAUUGUUGAUCAAUUAUUGAAUUGGGCAGUGUAGUGAGAAUUUAAAGUUAGCCGAUUAUUGAAUAGAGUGGCUAAACUUGGUACCGUGUUACUUACUCAUGCCAAUAUUGAGUAUUUUUUAUUGUUAAAUUGUCAAGGGUAACACCGGUGUAAAUAGUCAGUGCAAAUGGCACCUAGAAAGGGUAAAGAUGCGGAGGUGCUCACUUCUCGAACGGCGUUAAUGAAUUCCUUUGUCCGUAACAAGGUCUAUAUCGAAAAAAAUAGCGACUCCAUGACGGCUGCGGAGCUGGAAGCCAGGUUAAGUCUAAUUGAGACAAACUUUAAUCAGUUCUGCAACAUUCAGGCUAAAAUUGAACACGAUAGCGAGGACGCCAGCGAAUAUGAAAGCCGCUAUGAAGCUGAAGAGGUUUAUUGCGAAUUAAAGGCCAAGUUACUAAGCUGUCUUGGAAAUAGGGGACGGCGGCAGUCCAAUGUAGGUGAUCUUCUAAAUAGCACACAGGUGUCUCGUUCAUCGAGACUUCCCAAGCUAAAGCUGCCUGAGUUCGCUGGAAAGUUUACGGAAUGGACCAGCUGGUACAACACCUUUGCUACUCUAAUAGAAUCAGACUCUGAAUUGGAUGAGUUGUCUAAAUUUAUUCAUUUGAGAGCAUCGUUAGGAGCUGGACCGUUAAGUGCGAUUGAGGGUUUGGAAUUAACAGGGCCUAAUUAUCGCAAGGCACUACGAUUAUUGAAAGAUCGCUAUGAAAAUAAGGCAAUUAUUCUGCAAUCACAUGUACAGGAGCUAUUCAACUUAAGGCGGCUAAAAAGACCCGACUCAGAGGGACUGAGAGUGCUGGUAGACAAUGUAAAUGCCCAAUUAGUAGCACUCAAGUCGUUAAGCGACGAUAAGGAGAUUCUGGAUGCAGUAAUUUUCCAUCUGAUUCGCACAAAGCUUGAUGAAGAUACAAUGGAUAGGUGGGAAGUUGAGUGGGAUUGCCAAAAGUUACCGUCGUGGUCAUUGUUAUCGCAGUUUCUGAUAAACAGAGGAGUCAAUAUGGCAAAUAGGGAAGUUCGGCGAGGCAAUGGAGCCCGACCCAGUGGUAAAGGUGAGAUGAAAAAUGCGACCUUAGCUGCAACAAUAGGCAGCAAUGGCUGCUACGUUUGUCCUGGGACCCAUGGAUUGAAAGGGUGUCAAAGGUUUAACGAACUAUCACCAGUACAACGUUACCAUGAGGCGAAGAAGCAUUCGCUGUGCCUGAUUUGUUUUAGCAAGCGACAUACAACUAGAAACUGUAAUGGUCCGCGAUGUAGGAUUUGCAGCAAGCCGCAUCAUGAACUUCUGCAUCGAGAGAUAUUGUUGCCAAUGAGCCGGGGCUCAAAGGGCAGGAGUUGCAAGAGCCAAAGUCACUGCAUAGCUCCCUAUUGUCUAGAUCAUCCACCAACUUUCUUGCGACCGCUGUAGUUCAAAUCAAAGCUAUAGACGGAGCAUAUCGCAAUUGCAGGUGCGUGUUAGAUUCCGGUAGUCAAUUAAAUUUUCUGACGGCUAGGAUAGUCUCGGCCCUGGGCCUAGAAAUGCGCGACUCAGUCAUACAACUCAGUGGUAUUGGAAAUGCAACAUCUCAAGUUAUGGGAGAGGUGCAAGCGACUUUUAAAUCUAGAGUCACCAGAUAUAUGACUACCGAGGACUUCUGUGUGCUGAAGGAAAUAACUCAGUAUAACCCAACAAGCUCAGGAAUUUGUUCGGAGUGGGUUCCACCCAAGGGAGUUACGCUGGCCGACCCUACAUUUCAGUCCGGGGAAGAUAUUGACAUGCUAGUUGGAGUCACAUUGUUUUUCAAGCUAAUUGUAGCAGGGCAAAUAAAACUAGGAGCACACCUUCCAAGGCUUCAAAAGUCUCUGUUAGGCUGGGUCGUCGUAGGUGAAUUCACGAAAUCUUCUGAAGUUGCACUGUUAGCAACUGACAUUGAACGAAAGGUGUCGAAAAAUGAUCAGCUGCAAGAGCUCGUACAAAGGUUUUGGAAGUGUGAAGAAGUCCCUGAAACAGUAGAUAAGUUCACUGAGGAAGAAAAACAGUGCGAAGAUUGUUUUGUGACGCAUGUUAAGCAGGAGGCCUCAGGACAUUUAGUGGUAGCUCUGCCCUUUAAGAAUCCUAAAGUUGAGUUAGGCGAAACUUAUCAAAUCGCACUUACCAGGUUCUUGAAUUUAGAGAAGAGGUUAAAUCGUAGCCAAGCGCUGAAGGAACAAUAUGUUCAAAUUAUUGAAGAAUAUCGCCAGUUAGGGCAUUUAAAGGCAAUAGAGCCCGCCGGACAAGAAAAGGUCGAAUACUUUAUGCCACAUCAUCUGGUUAUUCGCCCAGAGAGUUUGACGACCAAGUUACGAGUCGUAUUUGAUGCCUCAUGUAGAUCUAGCAACGGCAGGUCACUGAACGACGCAACCUUGGUUGGUCCAACGUUGCAGCCUGAUCUGUUCGAGACUUUGACCAGGUUCCGUUUCUAUAGAUACGCCCUUAUGGCCGACAUAAAGAAAAUGUACCGUCAAAUAUUGGUUGCGGAACCACAUAGAAACUAUCAAUGCAUUCUAUGGCGAUGCAACGUUUCGGAUCCUAUCCAGGUGCUACGCCUAAACACGGUCACUUAUGGAACAAAUUCGGCGCCGUUCCUGGCAGUACGUUGCCUCUAUUACUUGGUCGAUAGGUACGCGGAAAAAUUUCCGUUAGCUAGAGAGGCAGUAAAGCGAAGUUUCUAUAUGGAUGAUAUGCUGUGUGGAGCCGAAUCAAAAGAGGAACUGACAAAGUUGAAAGAACAAGUGACCGAAUUAUUAGGGCUAGGAAAGUUCGAGCUGCACAAAUGGCGCAGCAAUUAUCAAGGAAUGGACAACAACACCAGCCUAGAGCCCCUGAUGCUAAAAACAGAGGACGCAGCUAAAACUUUGGGGAUAUAUUGGUCAAGUCUAGAGGACAAAUUCCAAUUUUGCUUUAACAUAAAGGUCUCCGCAAUCGCCACGAAGCGAUCAGUGCUGUCCGAAUUGGCUCAGGUGUUUGAUCCGUUAGGGUUCUUGAGUCCCUUGCUGAUCUUGGGCAAGAUCUUUGUUCAGGAACUUUGGCUUCUAAAGCAGGAUUGGGACGAGGAGUUACCAGCAAGCUACGCAACUCAAUGGCUUCGAUAUAGAGAAGAACUGAAACUAAUUGACAAAUUUUCAAUUCCGCGAUCCUCAAUUCCAAUUACGGCCGACCCAUGCACUUUGCAACUGUUUGGUUUCUCUGACGCAUCCAACAGAGCUUACGGCGGCGUAAUUUAUGCUCGUGUUAGAGAUGAAGGGGGAGGAAUUUCGGUGCGACUGGUAACGGCCAAGUCCAAAGUAGCCCAAGUUAGGGUAACAUCAUUGCCACGCUUAGAGUUACAAGGGGCAUUGUUAGUGGCCAAGCUAAUGGCAAAGGUAUGCGCCUGUCUUCACAUACCAGUAGAGAAGGUUAACUAAAUCACGGACUCCACAAUUGUGUUAAAUUGGCUGUCGUCACAUGCUAGUCGAUGGACCACCUUCGUUGCCAAUAGGGUGGCUCAAAUACAAGAGCUCACACAUGUACAGGAUUGGUUCAAGGUCGACACCAAAUCAAACCCUGCAAAUAUUGUAUCUAGGGGAUUAUUGGUAACCGAAUUGAGCAAGUCAACGAUGUGGUGGAACGGUCCAGAAUUUUUAAUGGACGCAGCAGAUGACUGGACCAAAUUUAAUUGGAGUGAGGAAAUACAAACAGUUCCAGACGAGAGGAAAUGUAAGUUCUCGCUGACACGUGGAAAGGUAGAAAGUAAUGAGAAGUUAGAUGUCGUGGGGAGAUGCAAAUUUGCAAAUGAUUUCCUCAAAUUGCAGCGAGUUUUUAGCUAUAUUUUUCGCUGGCGUAGAAUAUCGUUGAGAUCAAACUCAAAUGAAACAGGCAACCUUACUGCAGCUGAAAUGGAGGGCGGAUUGCGCUAUAUUGUAUAUAAUAAGCAGGUGAGCUUGCAUGAGGAAUUCAUUAAGCUUAAAGAGGGAAAGGUGAUCAAAUCAGCGAGAAUUCAGAGUUUAAGCCCGUUUUUACAAGAGGAAGAGGGAAUAACUAUUAUUCGAGUCGGCGGAAGGUUGUCCAAUGCCGAAUUGCCAUUUGACACAAGGCAUCCCAUCUUAAUGCCGAGCAACCAUAAAGUGGUAGAGGCGCUUGUUGAACUCACACAUCGAAAGAAUUUACAUGCCGGGGCACAAUCGCUAUGUGCCUUUUUGCGACAGAGAUAUUGGGUAAUCAAUUGCAGGAAACUUGCCCGCAGGGUGAUCCGUGGCUGCAUACCAUGCUUUCGUCGUCGGCCGCUCGCUGCAACACAGCUGAUGGGAGCGCUGCCAGCUAACCGAGUGCGAGGCAAUAUCUACCCCUUCGAGCGCGCUGGACUGGACUUUGCUGGACCAAUAUGGAUGCACUUUCACAUGCGAGGAAAACGCCCAGUAAAGGUGUAUCUGUGCAUAUUUGUAUGCUUUGCAACAAAGGCUUGCCAUAUAGAGAUCGUGUCGGACUUAAGCUCAAAUGCGUUCAUCGCGGCGCUAAAACGGUUCUUUGCAAGACGUGGAUUGAGUUCUGACCUAUAUUGCGACAACGCCACCAAUUUUGUAGGUGCGUCACGAGAGCUCAACAGAGCUUUCGACUCGCCAAGUCGGAAGCUCAUUGACGACGAAUGCAGCCAGCGAGGAGUCAGGUUUCACUUCAUCCCCCCACGCUCCCCUCACUUUGGAGGAUUAUGGGAGAGCGCCGUGAAGGUGGCCAAACAGCUGCUGGUGAAAUGCACCAACAGCACAGCACUUAACUACGAAGAUCUUGCGACUGCCAUCACACAAGUAGAAGCGGUGAUGAAUUCUAGACCUCUGCAUCCCUUGUCAUCGGACCCGAAUGACUUCGAGGCGCUAACUCCCGGUCAUUUCUUGGUUGGCCGACCCCUGAACGCGUUAGUAGAACCAGUAGACGACGCACUGUUGAAACUGUCCAUGAGCAACCAUUGGAAACGCAUUCUAAUGGUACACCACAUGUUCUGGCACCGCUGGUCGUCGGAAUAUUUGACGUUGCUGCAGAAGCGGACAAAGUGGAGCAAUGUAGCCAACAACAUUCAACUUGGUACACUGGUCCUUAUUGCGGAAGACAACGCUCCGCCCGGACAAUGGCUGCUGGGAAGAGUUGCAGAGUUACACCCAGGAGCUGAUGGUGCAGUUCGGGUUGUAACACUCAGGACCAAGACUGGAUUAUUUAAGCGCAACGUAUAUAAGCUCUGCCCGCUGCCUACAGAUGCCGAUGAACUUAAUGUUGGAAGGAGCUUCCAAGGUGGGGAGAAUGUUGACGCCCCUUAAUAGAAUAUAGGAUUAAAUUACUUUAUAAAGGUUAACAAUUUGAAUAUUUGAAUUAAUAUGUAAAUAGUACUAAAAUUGUGAAUUAAUUUGAAGUUGGCGCGUUACAUUAUGUACGUAUAAAGAAGCGCAAUCGAUAGUAUCAAUAGUAUCGAGCCAAAACGAUCUGAAUUAUGAUCACUAGAUUUAAGAGACAUACGAAAUAAAACGAACGAGCAAGGAACUACAUCGAGCGGA